AUGUCUCCCAUCAAGUUCCCAAUCCAAGGCAGCUGCGGCUGUGGCCAUGUCCGCUAUCAACUGCAUCGACGACCAAUCUUCACACAAUGCUGCCAUUGCCAGCAAUGCCAGCGCGAAGCCGGCUCAGCGUUUGCCAUCAACGCUUUGAUCGAAGCAAAUGAGCUGACCACUGCGGAGGAACUCGAACAUAUCAUCAUGCCUUCAGAAAGCGGCCAUGGACAAGCGAUCGCAAGAUGUCCUCGCUGCCGAGUGGCCUUGUGGAGCUACUACUCAGAUCACGGUCCGCAUUUGAAGUUUUUGAGGGUCGCUACAUUGGACAGAGGAUCGAAGGCUAUUGAGGAGCUGUUACGGCCUGAGGCAUUCAUAUUCAUCAAGUACAAGAUGCAGUGGAACGAGCUGCCGGAGUAUGCUCAUGCGGAGGGCAGAGUCUUCGAUGAGUACUAUGACGAGCGCAAGAUGUACUCCGAAGAAGCAUACGCUCGAUUCCAAGCUGUCGAGCUUAAGGGCGAAGAGUGGAGGUCCAAGGGAAGGCAAUGGGAUGACUUGGGUGAGGUCGAGGACCUGAGGCGCUGA